AUGGUACGACUCAAUCUCUACCGUGGCCUCACUGCCGCCGCCCACCGAAUAAUAACACAAGCCAUCAUCACCGGCGGCCGCGUCUUCGGCCGGGCCUUUGGCGAAGCCUACCGACACGCGCAGCAGUCCUCUGCGUACCAGCGCGCGCAGGCCAAAGCUGGCGGCACCGCAGCCGGCAUCGGCGGCGCGGGCAGCAUGACGACGCAGGAGGCGUGCCAGAUCCUCAACGUCAAGGAGCCGAGCCCAACGCCCGAGGACCUCGAGGAGGUCCACUCGCGCUUCAAGAGAUUGUUUGACGCCAACGACCCGGAGAAGGGCGGGUCCUUUUACCUGCAGAGUAAGAUUUUGAGGGCAAGGGAGAGGCUGGAGGCAGACCUCCGGCCCAAGAUGGAGCAGGCCGAGCUGGAUGCUGAGGUGAAAGCCGGGUGGAAGCCGAAUCUAUACAAGGAAAAGCCCAAGGAGCCCCCGAAACUGAUGAGGACCCCCGUUCAGCUGGUAUUUUGGACAUUUCAUCUCGCUGUCACUGUCUCGUCGCUGAGGCAGUACAUAGUCGAAAUAUCAGACGUCAAGGCUAUCGGCCAAGUCAAGGAAUCCAUAUCAGGCGAUGCUUCUUGCUAUCAGGACGCACAGUUGCAUUUCCGGCACACUUACAACAGCGCCAUAUUCCCCGGGUUCUCGCUGGACAUCGACAACAGUGGUGCAGAUGGCUACGGAGACUAUACGCAUUGCCUCAGCGCUAUCGAUGGAGUGGCCAAGGUCUGGCAGCCGCGGCCGUACGUGCCCGCGUCGCAGGUUCGAGAUGACGCGGUGCCUGUUGGCAGCGAGCCCAGGCCCCCGGUGGACGGCAGUAUUCUGCACGGCUUGACCGGUGUCAAAAAGUUGCAGGAUGCAAACGUCACCGGCCGGGGGAUCACGGUGGCCGUGCUCGACACGGGGCUGGACUACCUCCACCCUGCCCUCGGCGGAGGUCUUGGGAAGGGCUUCAAGGUUCGGUUCGGCGUCGACCUUGUGGGCGACGACUUUCAGGUGGGUCUCCCAGCAAGGUCUAAACCGGAUCCGUACGCCGAGUGUACGGAGCACGGGACGCACGUCUCGGGCAUUGUCGCCGGCAACCAAUCGUCCUUGGGAUUCGUUGGUGUGGCUCCCGAGGUCAAUCUGGAACACUACCGUGUGGCAGGGUGCCAAAAGGCCCCGAUCCAGUCGGAUGUUAUAAUUCAGGCCGUGCUCAUGGCUCACAGUCGAGAAGUUGAUGUUAUAUCAUUGUCUCUGACGCUGGACUCGGGUCCGUAUGCUGAUGAUGCCUUGUCAGAAGUCCUCACUAGGAUAACGCAUGAAGGUCAGAUACUCAUCGUGGUGGCCUCGGGCAAUUACGGAUGGCAAGGUCCAUUCUCUGCUAGGGCGCCCGCGUCAGCCGCCGAAGUCUUGACCGUGGGUUCGGUCAACGCGAUGUACUCUGUGGAGAGUCGACCUCGAGCAAGCUUCUCGGUUCAAAGCCAAACAACCCAUGCCUCGCAGUCGAGCGACUUUGCAUGGUCCCCUGCGAUCCCGGGGAGGUUCCCAAGCUCCCUACCUUUGCAAGCAACCACUUUGGACAUGUCAGUCACCAACGAUGAUGCAUGUUCAAGCUUCGGAAGCGACGAGCACUUUUCAAAUCUGUCGGUAGUCCUCGUUCGGCGUGGUGGCUGCUCGUUUGACGUCAAAAUGAGGAGCCUGGUGGCCAGGGGAGCUAGAUAUUUCCUCAUCUACGACGACGACGACGACGGCGACGACGACAAGCCCCUUUUCCGAAUCGAUAACAAUCUCCAAGGCAUAGCCGCCGCCGGCUUCAUAACCGUGCAGGUUGGACGGGACCUGAUGAGCGCUCUGGCUCAAGGAUCCAACGUCACCGUAAACAUGGACCCGGACUCUCGCAACAUGCCCUAUAUCAGAGUCCAAGGAAACUCCCGGCCCCCUGGCCAAAUCAGCGGGCAAGGUUCGUGGGGUCCUACUGGGCUGGGCUACAGCUUGACCUCCAUACUGGCUCCCGGCCAGGGCAUCUGGUCGACCUUUCCACGGACCUGGGGAGGCUAUGGUACCUUGUCCGGCACGUCCAUGGCCGCGCCGUACAUUGCCGGCUGUGCAGCCCUCGUCAUGCAGGUGUAUCCGGGCAGCAAAAACGUCGAGGUCAUGGGGCUGCUGACCAGCACCGCGCGGCCGCUCAGAUUCAACGACGGCACGAACAAGACGUAUGACUUCCUGGCACCCGUCGCCCUGCAGGGCAAUGGGGUGGUCGACGUCCUGGGGGCGGUGAACACCGAAACCGCCUUUUCCAGCUCCCACUUGGCUUGGAAUGACACCGAGUUCUUCGCGGGGAGCAUCUCGUUUUUUAUCCAGAACAAAGGGGCCGAAGCUGCCGACUACAGCUUUUCCCACGAACCAGCGGUGACUGUGCUUGCGCUAGGUGCCGAUUCCCAGACGGUGACGCCGUGGACCAGGGACAACUCGUCCACGCUGGCUUCCGAGGAGUUUCUGGCAAGUUCGCUGGUGAAGACGCAUGCAAACAUCACCGUGUCUCCCCAGUCGCUGAGGAUCGAGCCCGGCCAGUCGGCGCUGGUGCAGGUCACGGCCGACAUCGACGCCUUGCGAGAGCUAAAGCCCCGCUGUCCUCUCUACAGCGGCUUCAUCUUUGUCGACGACGGCAGGAACAAGUCGCACCACAGCAUUUCUUACGCGGGGAUCGGGUGCUCGAUGCGCGACAUGCCCGUUAUGCCUCGGGGCUGGAACCAGACGUUCGUCACGGCCGCCACGACGAGGCAGGCCCGGGGCGUGUCGUACGAUGCCGUACCCAUCUCGCCGAGCGCCGAGUUUCGGCUCCAGGGUCGCCAGACCCCCGUCCAGUAUGAAAACUCUUCGACUCUGCUCCCGACGCUAAAGGUAGAGCUGGCAAUGUACAGCCGGGCAAUUUCUGUCCACGUCCUCCCUGCCGCGGCCUCGGGGGAGGACCAAGGUGUUGCGGUGUUUUCACGCAACCAGACGGUUCAGCCGGGAGGCUUCGGCCGUUUAUCCAACAGCUUUAUCGGCUGGAGCGGGCUGCUGGAGAAUGGCUCCUGGGCCGCCGAGGGCUUGUACAAGUUCAGGGUGUGUGCCUUCAGAGCUUGGGAACAGACGCAGGACCCCAACGCUCGGAAGGACUGCAUCGUCACCGACCCAUUUGGUAUACGAUACUGA